AUGUGGUAUAAGCGUGCCCAGCACAUGCAAGCAGAAAAGGCAACAAGCGAGCUGUUUAAGCGACUUCAGCAGCUAGCCGCGAAAAAAUGGCGCAUGCAGUGGCACAAUAAUGGACCAUCACAAUUUGAAAUUCUAUUAGCCAUCUCAUCUCUGACUUAUUGA